AUGGAUGGUGAUAUAGCCAGCGUAAGCUCGGCGGUGUCGCCACGUCCUGAGUCAAACCAGAAAUGUCUACCUCCCGAGGGUAUUAUGCGUGAUAUCGAGAUUUCUAAUCACCCAGUAACCUUGGAUGGACCACUUGCUUCGCUAAAACCAUGGUUCGAUUUGACCCAAGUGGAAUUUGCUAGGCGUUGCAAAGCUUCUCUUAUCUCAUAUAUGUGUUUUGAUUUUGCCUGUUUAAGGCUGUUGGAGGUUCUAUGUGCAUCUUUACACUCGCUAUUCGAUAAUGUCGUCAAAAAGUUCAAUAUGCCAGUAUGGCCGACAGAGGAGACCAUUGAUGUUUCUACCUCCGUUGCUUCAACGAAUGAAAACACCCACGGGGACGGGUCAAAUGGGUCAACUACUUUAACCCUAAAUGAUACUGUUACAUCGUCUAGUAACGUGCAUAAUAAUAAUGGAAACAAUGACUUGAGUAAUAUUCCGGUUUCUGGCACGAUGUCCACUAAUCAUGACACGUCUCAAAACUUCGGUUUGGGGGUUCUUGAAGGUUACUGCGACGUUAAUCAUCCGGUAUACCUAACUUUACGACGUAUGUGGAAUGAACCGGAUCUUUAUGCACCGUUUUGGAUUAACGUGAUGAUGGCAGGUGCUUUGUUUAAGAUGUAUGCUUUAAACCAGUACCACAAUGGCACGGAUGGAGGUUUCUUGUCGCUCUCCACCCUUUGUUUCUUCUUAGCGAUAUGCUGGUCAUGUUCCUUGCUAAUGGCUGCUGCUAUUUGGGGUUGCCGUACGAUUAUAUGCGGCAUUGAGAGCCGUGUUUCAGUUGUACCUCUAUUGUCUGUCGCUGGUUAUAUGCAGAUACCGUUGUUGAUGUUUUGCAAGUUGACGGUUUGGAUAUCUAUUAUUAGGCUUUGCAUACCAUCUUUAUCAGUGGUGAUACGAGGCCUGCAAUACGUCACAUAUGUCUACUUCUGCGCAUCAACAUCUUCCACAGUUGCACUCUUUAUACCUCCUGCCCCGGAGGCUAAUAAAGAUACUAGACUCAAGAUCGCAACUGCCGUAGUAACAUGCGCAAUACAGCUGUACUACUUCUACUGGUUUGAGUUUUAUAUAUGA